UCAGAUGAAAGCGAAAAUCAUAAUCUCUGUAUUAUUCCUUUGGGAAGCCCAUGUCAGUUCGGCAACACAUCCGACCUGUCCACCGCAGAAUGGACCAGGAGAGGCGAUACAUCUUCAGCAUCCAGCUGACUGUGCAAAGUUUGUGACCUGUGAUUGGGGCGUGGAGGUUGUCAGAGAUUGUGCACCUGGUACCUUGUGGAAUGAUGCCGUGAAAACAUGCGAUCACACGAGAAAUGUCAAGUGUAAUACAGAAACUACCAUUAUGCCGACGAGUCCGACGAGAUCAUUUCGUACAAGGCCUCCAAUAGUGAGAACGACGGUUACCUCCACAACUACACCAACGACGCAUCAAUUGACGAAUGGUGGAUGCCCCAGCGUUGUGGAUCGAAACAAUCCGGUUUUCCUGCCUCAUUUGGAUUGCACAAGAUUUUAUGUUUGCACGUUGAAAGGCCCGGUGGAGUUCCGUUGUAAUGAAGGUUUUCAUUGGAGUAUUAAAACGAAUCACUGUGAGCGUCCUUGGCAAGCUUGGUGCGUUACGAGUGCUACGCCGCCAACGAUGAACGAUGGUUGUCCAAGCGUCGUUGAUCCAAACAAUCUGGUUUUUCUGUCGCACCCGGAUCGAACCAAGAUCUACAUCUGCAUUCCGGGGAUCGGCCGCACAGAGUUGAGUUGUCCCGAGGGUCUUCAUUGGAGCACGGAUGGAUGCAUUUCAUGGGCAGAUAGUAACAUGAGUGCUGCUACUCCGGGAACUGCCGCAAUUACUGCAAUGAUCACUUCAACUGCCAGCACGCAUGCAGGGGAUUAUUUCACUACGGAUAGCUAUAGCUAUGUUUGACGUACGUGCUUCAGUAGUAACCGACUGCUUCGUCAACAGUCCAAGUUCUACCGAAAAAUGUGUUUAAGUUUAAGACUUAGGAUCAUCGUUUUGCAUUUGAAAUUGGUUUCACAGCUUCUUCCGGAAUUACACCACUGAUAUUUGAAAAAUAAGGAAAUGAUCUGUACAUCAAUUGAAGGUAGACUCAGAACUUCUCACGGAAGACUCUUCGCACACUAUUUCAGCAUCUCCAAGUGACAUUUACUUUCAACUUUAUAUUUUAAAAUUUGCCAACUCGUGACUUCUCACUAUCAGCGCAACAACUUUUCGCUGACUAGAACUUCAUCCAACUUCAUCAGGCGCAUACAUAAAUCUUUUCCAUCACGUCUACCAAACAAAAAAAAAAAUAAACGCCAAGACCAA